AUGGACCCACUUCUGUCGUCAUUGAACGAAAAACAACUUGAAUCCGUGGUCUUCGAUCAUGGAAAGGCAUUGCAAAUCGUCGCUGGACCUGGAACUGGUAAGACUAAAGUUCUCACAACGAGGGUAGCAUACCUGCUUUUAGAGAAAAGAUUGAAUCCAAGUGACAUUGUGAUCACAACAUUUACGAAAAAGGCAACUAUGGAAAUGAUCGAACGUAUUGGGGUUCUGCUCGAAGGAACUUCAAUAAACCCGAAAAGCUUGUGGAUAGGAACUUUUCAUUCAAUCUGUGCCCGUGUUUUAAGACAACACGGAUGGAGAAUAGGACUCCCGAAGGAUUGGAGGACGUUUUCUGAUAGUGAUACUGACCCCGUUUUUGCGAAACUGGUUGAUAAAAUGCCAGACCAAAUACGAGACCACGCCCACAGAUACGACAGAAAAAUCAAUCUUUUAAGACCCAAUUCCUCUCGUGACUGGGUGGUUCACCCGGCUGCAGUAAAAAAAAUGGUUUCGUGGCUGAAAUCUGAAGGCAUCACCGCUGAAGAGUACCGCGCCCGAAAUGAUCACGAUCCAGCACUCCUUCACUUUUAUGACCAGUACCAAGCUGAGCUUACAUCCCAGCAUGCAUUGGAUUUUGACGACUUGCUUCUUAAUGCUUUUAAAUUACUUGCCAAGCAGAGGUGUCUAUCGAACAUAAAGCAUGUACUCGUUGACGAGUUUCAAGACACAAACAGUAUCCAAUUGAAUUUAAUGUACCUUUUUGCCCGGGGCAGUGGGUCCCGCUCACAAGGCAUUACUGCCGUUGGUGACCCCGAUCAAAGCAUAUAUGGAUUUCGCAACGCUCUCGCUGGAAAUUUUCAAGAUAUGAUAACACACUGUCCAAUUCCCUGUUCACGUAUUGUUUUGGUGGAAAACUAUAGGUCGUCCCAAAAAAUUCUUACCACAAGCGAGAUGUUAAUUAAACAACAGUUAACGGGCCGUGAAGACCGACUUCCGCUGCGAGCUCAGUUUGACAGCAGUUUUCCUCCUGUCUACAUUGAAUUUCCUGCAAAAUUCUUGGAAUCGAGAGCUCUUGCUCGCGAAAUUUUAUACCUCCGCUCCUUGCCAAACCUUUGGAACUAUAACGACUUUGCCCUUCUGGUGCGGCACCGUCGACAAAUAAGGCCACUUGAGACCGCACUUAUUGAGCACCGCAUUCCCUACAAGAUUGUGAAUGGACGUGCGUUCUGGGAGUUGAAGGAAAUAAAUGGGAUGAUGGAUCUCUUGAAGUGCGUCUACUCAGAUUUCGAAAAGAAUGCAAUUCUUCGUGCUCUACAAUACCCUGCCAGAGGACUAGGCGCUGCAACCGCCAAAAAGCUAGAAACAAUUGUUAGUGAAUACGAUACGCCGUUUUCUGCAAUGAAAUCCGUAAUCAGUGGACCUUGCAAGUUCGAAAUUCCAACAAAGGCUGUUUCGGUCAUCCAAGAGUUUUUGACGCUUAUCACUGGCUGCAGAGAGCUUCUCAGUUCCGCGUCUGACUUUCAAGUAAUAAGCACCAUUUUUGAUGAGCUUUAUGAGAAAUCAGGAUUGCAGCAUGAAUAUUUGUACGUGGACGGUAAGAAGAAGGCUGAUGUGAAUUCACAAGGUGAUCCAAAUUUUGCAAACAAGCGGCAUCUCAACAUACAGCUUUUGAGAGAACACAUCGCCAACUUUAAGCCAAUGAACGAAGAUCUUGCUCAAAGAGAUGGACCCGGAGAUGACAACCCCAAAGGCACUAAGGAACUCAACAUACACGACGUGCUUAGGGAAUUCAUCGACUCAGUCAAUCUUUUCUCAACCGAAACAGAAGUUGAUGAGUCUCAGAUGUCAAAAAAGCAGAUACAAGAAAAAAAGAAGCGAGAAGAAGAAGGUUUCGUGACCAUUUCAACUAUUCACGGUGCUAAAGGUCUGGAAUGGCCUGUAGUUAUGAUACCUGGAUGCAUUGAGGGUGUCAUACCGUGCGUUUUCAAUAAUAAAGACGAUACAGACGAUAGUGAAAACGACUCUGAAUCAGAAGGUGCUAAAACAAGCACGACUUCCAACAGUCCGAGAAAAAAGAGGCCAAAAACCAACGAAGGAUCUCUGGAUGAAGAAAGACGGAUGUUUUUUGUUGCGCAGACCAGAGCCAAAUUUCUGCUUUAUCUUACAGCGACUUCCAGCAACGACUCAGAAUCAAAAUAUGAAUCCUCUAAACCAAGUAGGUUUCUUACCACUGAUCUGAUUAGCACCAUGUGUCAGGAGCAAAAAAUGUUCGAGACGAUGGAUUCUAUUGAAAAAUUGUACUCUGCAGUUGGUAGAUUAUUGCCGUCAGAGACUUCUUCAUUCUCCAUAAAUUCAUUGAUCAAGGAUUAUGCCAGCUUCAUUAAUUUUCGACGGGAACGAAUGAUGUGGAGAGGUAGUACUGUGAUCGAUACUGCAAGGCUUAAGCUAGACGAGAACACGAAUCAAGCCCCUACCUCACAUGGCAUAAUCACAGCUGCGACGUAUUUGAAGACGUCAUCAUCAGCAUAUUCCGGCUCAAACAAAGCGCCCUAUCAUUCCUUAACGCCCAGAAACCAGGCAACGACUAGAACUACAUCAGAUCUUAGCGCCUUCUCGGGUCAGCGACUUGCGCCGUCGCAUUCACUUUCUAGAAGUUUUUCGAAUGAUUCGGCGCCUGCUAAGUCAUAUGCACCCAAGAACUCACCGUCUAAGGUUAACAAAAGCCAACAAUCACAUUCAUUUGCUCCUAGGCCUGAGGUCAUCUCUACAAGUCCAACUACAUCAAUUCCAUCGAAUAAGAUUUCGGUGGAUGUAAGAAAAAAUGGGUCACACCGCGAAACUCAAGGUCUUCCCACCGUUAUCAAGCGAGCUGGUCGCAAAUAUAGGAGAAAGAUAGUUGCAGAUUCUAUUGACUUGGGAGAUGCUCCUUGCGGUACCGAUGAACCAUUCACACCUAGAGAGACGCUCAACAAAACUACAGAGAACAGUAAACACGCUACUGAUAGGGGCUCAUUACACAAAUCGAAAACUCCUUUCAAAGCUGAAGAGGGAGUCGAUGUUGCUGGCGGGACCGGCGCGAAACUAAGUGGUGCAAUUCCAACCACAGGUAGUAAACGACUCAAAAGCCCCGAGAAGAGUUCUCAAAAGAAGGUCAAGCUAGAACCUCUCAACAAUGGACCUGACAUUAUGUCAAGGCUUACCAAGGCGAAGAAUAGGUCACUUGAGCCGAAGGACACCGUUAUCAUCAUUGACUGA